CUCGGGAAUCCAAAGUAGACAUCCUUUGCACCAGCCAAGAAAUUUCAGGGCACCAUCUUUUCAAACAAAAAAAAUCAUCAUCAGCACACUCGUCAGAUUGCAUCAUCAGAGAGAAUUUUGAAACCAAGUUGCUUCUGAAAGCUGUGAAACAGAGAAUACGGCUGGGAGUUGCUAUGGAAUUCCUCCAUGAGAUUGUCAGGAAUGUAUGGGUUCAGUACGACUACUCUGGAAGGCUUGAAGAUAAUCUUGAUGUUUUGAGAACCGAAAUGCAAGAGUUGGGCAGCCGGAGGACCGACAUAUUUAUUGCAAUGAACGCAGCAGAGGUAGUGCAUGGAAAGAAGCCAAAAGUAGAGGUGAGUUUAUGGCUGGAAAAUGUACAAAAGAUUAUAAGAGAAGUGACUAAGAUAGAAGAGGUUUAUGGUGAAGUAGGGAGAGAUUUCUCACUCUCACGUGUUGCAUUGGGAAAGCAUGUUGUAAAGAAGAUUGAAAAGGUGAUGAAGCUUAAGGAGAAAGGUCGAUUUUCAGAAGGGUUACUUGCUGAUCUAUUACCUGAAAGUGGGCGUAUGCCAACGACAAAACUGGUGGGUAGAACGACAGCCGAAAGAAAUUUGGAACAGAUUUGGGAGUCCUUGAUAGAUAAUGAGGUCAAAACUAUAGGUGUCUAUGGUAUGGGGGGCGUUGGCAAGACGACGAUCAUGACCCACAUCUACAAUAGAAUAAAGAGCUCUGGAAUAUUGGGCACUGCCAUUUGGGUAACAGUGUCUAAUGAUUCUAGUAUUGACAGAUUGCAAAAUGGUAUUGCACGGGCAAUAGAAUUGGACGUUUCUGAUGAAGAUGAUGAAAUGAGAAGGUCAGUGAAAUUGUUUGAGGCUUUGAAACGUUGGGGUAAGUUUGUUAUCAUCUUAGAUGAUAUGUGGAAACCAUUUCCAUUGGAAAAGGUAGGGAUCCCAGAGGGAAAUGCAUACAAAGUAGUACUGACUACUCGAUCGAAAAAUGUGUGCCGAGGCAUGAAGUGCCAAAAAAAGUUUGAAGUGGAGAUUCUUUCGAGAGAAGAAGCAUGGGCAUUGUUCAAGGAAAGUUUUGGGGCUGAUGUAGUGCUUUCUAAGGAAGUAGAACGGACUGCGAAACUUGUGACUGAAGAAUGUGGUGGUUUGCCGCUUGGAAUCAUCACAGUAGCAAGUGCGAUGAGAGAAAAGGAUGACGUUAGAGAAUGGAGAAAUGCAUUAGAUGAGUUAAAAUGUUCAACAAUGGAGAUUGAAGGCAUAGAUGAUCAGGUUUUUCCAAUUUUGAAAUUUAGUUACGAUCGACUAAAAUCUGAGAGGAUUCAGUCCUGUUUCUUGUAUUGUGCUUUGUAUCCAGAAGACUAUGCAUUCCGUGAUGAAGAUCUAGUAAAGUAUUGGAUAGCAGAAGGGUUGAUAGAUGCUAUGGGAGACUGGGAAAAGGAACAAGACAAAGGCCACACAGUAUUGAAUGGACUGAUAGAUGUAUGUAUGUUGGUAAGGAAGUCUCCUAUGCAGGUAGCAAUGCAUGAUUUAAUAAGAGAUCUGGCCAUUGGAAUUACAAGGAAGAGGCCUCUGUUUGUGGUCAAAGCUGGGAUGGUGAUAAGGGGAUCAAUUGGUGCAGAAGAAUUUACUGAAGAGGUUGAAAAAAUCUCAUUAAUGAGAAAUCAAAUUGAAAUGCUUUCAGGUGAACCCAACUGCCCAAAACUCUCCACAUUGUUGUUGCAAGAAAACCCUCUCUUAGGAAACAUUUCUCAUGAGUUCUUCAAUCGCAUGAACAGCCUCAGAGUUCUUGACCUCUCUAAGACUAGUAUUGAGUAUCUGCCAGAAUCAGUUUCCAACUUGGAGAACCUGUGUAUGCUCUUACUAAAUGGUUGUAAGAGGUUAAGGGAGGUACCGUCCUUAGCAAAGCUGAAGCGUCUAAGGUUUUUGAACCUAAAUGACACUGGCAUCAAAGAAGUGCCAGAUGGGAUGGAAUGUUUGGUUAGCCUCAAAGAGCUUUAUGUUUCAUCUGUUGAAGGGACAAAUAGGAUAAAUGAUGGUGGUUGCAAUUCCUUAAUGCUUCCUGAUAGUAUUGUCAAGUUGAAUGUGGACAAAUGCGUGCUGUCAAGCUUACACUGCCUAACUCGCUUGCAACACUUACAGUCAUGUGACAUCUGGUGGUGUAGCAUGAAGUGGUUGUUGCCUAUAGGAGACAACAGCACCAUAAUUCCAUCUUUUCCCUCAAUACGGUCUCUGUUUCUAUUGGAUCUUCCAAAUUUUAUGGGUCUCUGUGAGGGAGUCUUGCUGCCUCCCUCAUUUGCAUGCCUUAAACUCCUGAGUGUCUCGGGAUGUCAAGUAUUGAAGAAUGUCAUGUCACUAGAAUUGUUUCAGCACCUCCAAUGCCUCGAACAAAUCAGUAUUACAGGAUGCAGGGAGAUGGAGGAGGUGAUAAAAGGAGGAGAAGAAAGUGAUAACAACAACAAUAACAUCAUCCUACUCCCUAACUUGAGGGAGUUGCGUUUGAUAAAUUUAGGGAAAUUGAAAAGCAUUUGUAAGCGGGUAAUCAUUUGCCCUUCCCUGAAUCAGAUUUGUAUACGAGGUUGUCAUCGGCUGAAGAAGAUCCCUAUUUCCUCUGGCAGCUCAACAUCUACGGUGGAAGGAGAGAUCUAUGGAAGCAAAGAGUGGUGGGAUGCAUUGGAGUGGGAUGAUCCCAACACCAAAGCACUCUUACUUUUUCUUAAUGAAGAAACAGUACGUGGAAUGAAAAGAAAAGCAGAUCAAGUAGAAGAGGUUGCAUCCACGUCACAGCAGCAAUAAUUCAGUUAUGCUUUUUUAUUUAGUUAUCUAUUUCUUCUUUUUUAUUCAAAUGUAAUGUUAGUGAGAAUGUCUCACCUUCCUCUGUCUCUUUGUAAAUGAUGUCAAAUGGGAAACUCACAACACACAUGCGAAUGUAGCACACGUUUAUGAAAGUCUAA